AUGUCACGGAUACGUUUCAAGGGCGGUGCAUGGACAAACAGUGAGGAUGAGGUGCUUCGGGCCUCAUUGACAGUGUACGGUUUGCAGAACUGGGAGCGUGUGGCUUCCAUGUUGGUGCGUAAGACAGCGGCGCAGUGCCGUGAGCGGUGGGAGAAUUACCUUGACCCCCGCCUGCACAUACGCGAGGCAUGGACAGCAGAGGAAGAGGAGCAGCUUGUGCAGCUGCAGUCUCUGUUCACAAAUCAGUGGAACCUCAUCGCACGUGAGCUGCGCCAUCGUACUGGAAUGAACCGGCCCGCGUGGCUCUGCGAGGAGCACUACCACACACUCCUUGACGCCCUCGAGUACGAGCGACAGCAGAAGGAGGGCGGAAACAACAAGAGGAAUGAGUCACUGACUUUGGAGGACUUUUUGGCGGAACGCAGGCGACAUCGCGCCUACCAUCAGGGCCAUGAGACAAGAGCGUCUAAGGCAGAUGCUGUCAACUCGGAUGUUUUUGAAAAAGAGAUGGUGGAGUUCGCUGUGAGUCGUCUGGCCAAUCAGGAUGGCAAGAAGGGCCUACGCAAGGAACGCAAAAAGCAGUUGCAACACACAAGUUUUCUUGCAAAGCUGCAGAGCAAUCGCGAGGCCAUCGAAUCUGGCACCCUGUCAGCGAAGGCAAAGAAACGCAUGGAACGCGCCAUGUUGGAGGACCGCGCAGGUCCCAGCGACACGCGGCUUCAGGACGAAAUCCUUGAGGACGACGAUGUUGGCAGCAGCGGCGGCAGCGAUGUGGGAAAUGACGAGUCAAAGCGCGGCCAAAAAGGCGUGUUUCGCCCCAUAGACCUCGGCGCAGACAAACAGGAGGCCGGGAUUCAGGCAAAACAUCGUGAGCUCGUGAAGAACCUCUCGGCGGACAUGACGCGCCUCCAACAAGAGGCUACGGUUUCUGAGGGCAUCAACGUGGAACUGUUGCGACUGGCAAGCGGCACGUCUGGCUCUGCGAAUCGUCAAGUGGAAGACAAGAAGAAGGCGCCGCCAAUUACCAGCAAGAGCAGUGCUGCGCCAGGUGCUUCUCCUGCCACUGCGGAUCUUGACCAUCUCUUUGCAUCGCUGCCCGAAGCCAUAUUGCCCGAACAAGAGUCUGUGGUGGGGGCGCGUGCAUCUGUCGAUGACUUGUUUGGCACACUGCCGGAACCCUUGCUUGGUGGACGUGUGUCAAGAGACAAGUUCGACGUGGCGGUUGCCACUCCCGAGGAUUAUGAAGCGGAGGAAGAAGAGGAGGCCGAAGUUUCCUACACCGUCUCCCUAAGUGAGCCCUCGCAGGCGCCGUUGACGGCACUGAACUUCUCCACGGAGGAAGGGAGAUCGUGGCUCCGCGAGGCGAAAAGACGCGUGUUGGUGGAGUCUGAAAGCGUCUUUCUUAACCGCAAGCGCGUUCGCCACCACAUGUCGUCUCCCACAGAGAAGACGCAAUUGAUGAUGACGACGAAGAAUGGGGAAGAGGAAAAGGGACACCUGGAGGAGGAAAGGAAGAAGAAGGAAGAAAAAGAUGACGAUAAGGAUGAAAGUACAUGGUGCAUCGUGCGUGCUCUUGUGGAGCAGCAGCUGCCCGCCACGGCGAGGGAUCUUCUUGAAUCCAAGGUGGUGCCAGAUGGGUUUUUGGCGAAGAAGGCAAAGCGAGAGAAGGAGGACAGUAGUGCUCGUUACAACAACACGCAAGAAUAUGUCAAGGAAAGGGGAGGAAACGAAGAAGAAAAGGAUACAACCAUUGAACUGGCGGCGUGUGUCGCUGCGGUGCAACGCGAGGAUAGUGCGGACUUUUGGAAGGAUGUUGGCGCCACGGAGGCAACUGUGCAGCUGGAAGAACUCGUGCAUCACCAGCGCGAGCAGGUGGCGGCUAACACCGCGAAGGACACCGAAGCCUACCAGCAUCUGGAACGCAUGGUGCGCAUUUGUUUUGCUGGCAGCCGGAAGGAACUGCGUGGCGAGGACAUCAUAAAUCGCGUCUGUGUGUACUGGGGGUGGCGGCUGGAAGAGGCACAACGUCGGUUGGCAUUUUACAGUGCCAUUCGUGAGGUUGAGCGCCAGGAGAUGCAACGGCGAAUUAAUGAUGCCACAUGCCGUUUAACGGAAAUUGAGCAGAAGGAAAGAACACUGCAGGAACGUUAUCGUUCCAUGCGACUCGCAGAAUAA